CUUGCAUUUUGCGAAGUAUAGCUUUGGAUGAAAUGUAUACUUCACGAAUACAAUGUCAACUUUUAUGAACUUUUAUGGGAGAGAGGCUUCAGGUUCUAUGUUUUUUUAGCCCUCAAACAUUUUAAUUUGCCGAUUGUUAGCGACUUGAAAGGAAGCGAGAUCGGACGUGAAGAAAGAAGGAUUCAAACAGGCCUCGGUCCUGUCCGAUGGUCCAUAUCGCCUGGACAGUGAAACUGUUGGUUAUAUGUGGUAAUGGUGCUGUUACGGAUGCACUCGUAGUGCUGCUACCCACAGUAUUCUUUGGCUCCUGUUCAGUAGCUAGAGGCACGAAACAGAGGUCAAACCCCAUGAUUAUCGGUAAAUCUUUUGAGACUCUGGUUACUACAGCCUUCUCAGUAUCACCAUCUUUGGCGGUUCUUGCUAAUGCCCUGCGUGCUGCACGUGACCAAGUGUUGGCUCUAGCUCUCCCCUGAAGGAUACGCUUUACUUCAACCUACGAGCCACAGCUUCUUCAAUCGUUAUAUUCAAAGCAGUAAAUGAUAAAACAGUGGCAGUUGAGCUAAGCUUAGCC